CGCGCAUCAGCGCGGAUGCGCGCCUUAAGAUGGCGCUUGAAUCCGAUAUGGGUCCGCCAACAACGCCAGUGAAGUCAGAGGAUGAGGCAGUUUACGAUGAUUCGUUGGCCGAAAAGGUCAUGGAUUUUUUCAGCGGAGGUCGUGUUAUCACACGAUCUGAACCCAUGCAAUCAAGCAGGAGCUAUAAAGAGCUUAUAUUACAAGAAAUGAACUGGAUGGCCUGUGAUUACUACCACGAAAGAAGAUGGAAGUGCCAUGUAAAUAAACAGUUGUCCAUUGGAAUCAAGGUAGCAAUCAUGGACAGAAAGAAGCUAAACAAGAACUGGGUUGCUAAUGAGUGUAGUAAUCACGUUAAAAGAUUCUGGGUGGAAUUCCUUAAUGGGCCACAAUACUGUUCACCCUUCUCUCAAGAACUUACCGAGUAUUGCACCAACAUUGCAAAUAAGUACCUCAAUUAUACUCAAGCUGAUGUUGAAGAAGGUACUAAAGAUUAUGAAAUGGGUCCUAGAGAUCUAAUAGCGAUACCCGUCCCUUUAGUUCCACUACGGGACAGUUCCCCCGAACCUAAAGUCCCAAUAUCGAAAAUUUCUGUUAUUGAUGCCGCAACGUUAAAGAUGCAGUCUAUGGGUGCGGAGUUUUACAGGCCUAUGUUUAGACCACCAGAUGAAGAUCUGGACGUGUUUACACUGCCGUUGAUGGACCCAAUCAAGGAUGUUGAUUUCAAUUCAUUUCUUGUACAGAAUUUUUGCGUCAAACGAUGUUCACAUCUAAAAAUCAGAUCGCAUAUUAAACACGAAAUCCGAAUGCCAAAGAUGCCCCUCUUAAGCAGGAAGUUUAUUAGGGUGACUAAUGAUCCAAGUUGCUUGUCGAUUUCUCAGCGAGACUUCGACCUUCAGAUAAAACCAAAACCGUUAUUCCAUGGCCUUAUGGUUCGUACAAAGCUAUGUUCAUCGGAUUUCGAACUUUUGGAUCCGUGGAUGAUUUCGGAUUCAACAUCAUGGCCAAUGAUCGCUAUAUGUCUUACUUAUCGGUCGAGUACAAGCGGUUUGCACCGACAUGAAUUUGGUGUGGAUUACUGCCGCAAAGUUUUCCAGAACUUUAAGAGAUUGCCGAGAGGUCUUGUAAAUUCAAGCAGGCGUCUUUUAGGACCUAGACAAAGGAAUGCAAUAACCACUUUUUUAGGUGCACCUCCUAGAAGACAGAAGUACGAACCACUCGUGCAGCUUUUUGAUAGAGAAGACGAUAUAAAACCACAAACGAAAAGAUCGCGCGUUUUCAAUGUACAGGAGAUGUUACACUGUUGCUUAGGUUCGACUAAGGAUGAACCAACAAUUAAGCGGAGAUUUUCAAUGAGCCUUGAAGAGAUGUACAUGCCACAACUCAAGGACUCAAUUUCUUAUAGCAACAACUUGGCCCAAAGUAACCAAGAUGUGGAUUUGUAUCGUGAAAAUCAAGAAGUGGUAAUUUCAUUGUCGUCUUAUUCAGAAGAUAAUGAUGAUAAUGUAGAGCCCAGUAGUGGUCUAUUACCAUUGGCGUCAUCCCAAGGUUCGUCUUUCGAAAAUAUGGACGAAAAUCUAGUUCGGUUUCCACUUUCUGAUAUUUCACUUAGUGGUACCACCGGAUUGAAUCUGAAAUGUUUAAGGCGCAAAAGCAUCACGGAGCAGCGUCGUGGUGCAUCUAAUACUAAUGAUCCUAUCAUAUUUGAGAAGACAGACAGCGCUACUGUGGAUUCAGAGACGGUUGUAAUACCAUCAAAUGCACGGUUAGAGGUUGCCAUCGCAACUGGUAACUUCAAACAGCGUCCGUGCUUUAGGAGUGACCGCAAAACUGACCCGUUACUACAUAUGCCAAAUGUGCCAUAUGGCGAGUACAGUAACCGCAUGAGCAAACAGCUUAGGGUUGGUUUUUUAGGUAUACCGGCAAAAAUGUUCGCGCACUCUCUUUUCUAUUCAGGCAGGUUUUCAAAGAACAACCGCGUAAGAAGGGUGGCUGUGGCCAUCGCUACCAGUACUAAGAUAGUCUUACCACAACCAAACCUCAUCCAUGCUAGGCUAUUUGAACAUGAUGCAAUGUCGAUUUUUGCGAGGUUCAGAAACCAAAAUUGGCAAAGGACAGUCAAUCACACAACGGGGGCGCACGGUGAACAAUUGCUCAAGAAAUAUGCUAACGAGAUAAUAAACUCAAGUGACAAGAGGGGUAACACCCAUAUGGAGAUCAAACCCGUCGACAUACUAGCAGCAUUUGUUAACAUGAAGCUGCAAAAGAAUGAAACUAUGAAGCAGAGCGUGUUCCUGCCUAACAAAAUUUUGGCAAAUACCAUUGAGCAGGUAGUUGCGUCUGCGCCAAUUCCGCAGAACACACAAACACCAGUAGCGCAGCAACGUAACCCGCAGCCUGUGCGUCACACUCCAAUGCAGGGACAUGGAAUAUCACCGAGGGCCACUGUUCAGCCUAAUAUGAUGCCACAAACUGUGCCCGUGCAACAAAUGCAAAAUACAAUGUUACAAAUGCAUCCUCCACAGAUGCAGCAGCAGCAACAACCGCCAAUGGCACCGCAACCAAGCCCAAAAGGUCACAUGGUUCACCCUUCAAUGAUCCCCGGUGGUAUGCAACAAGGACACAUGACCCCGGGUCCAAUGGGCGCAAUCAAGAAGGCACCUGCACAGUUGCCACCAGGAUCAUUACCUCCAGCUCAUAUGCCAGGUGGAGGAAUGCACCCAACGCAUAUGGUACCUGGUAAGGCCCAGCCAGGUCCUAUGCAGGGAAUGCCACCACCAAUGCAGUUGAAGCGCCGCUACCCCGUGGAACCACAAGGCAAACGUAGACCGAGGGGCCCUUACGAUCAGGUGUAUCCCCAACAAAUGCAUCAACAGUCAUACAGAUAUAGGAAUAUGCCGGAUCAUCAUAUGAUGCGCAUACCUAUCUACCCUAUGGCAAUGUACACUAAGCAAGCGCCAUUCCCAAAGUCGCACGAUGACCCUUAUAGAGGGUCCCAUGUGCAAAGAUAAAAAAAACUGCUCAUAUAAUAUU